UCAGCACGACACCGCGGAGCAAGAUCUGGGAAACAAGAAUGCUAAUGGCUUACAGAGAACAGUGUCGUCGGAAUCAACGGACUCAGGUUGUGCUUUGAAUUCGCCUGAUCCUGCGACCGCAAACGAUAUCAUGGAGGACACAUUUGAGAAAGCGAUUCUUGAAUCGAGCAGGCUGAACGUUCGAAUGCCCUUCAGAAGAAUACAUUCCCUGCCACAAAGCCUCCUGGGGUCCAGCCCUGCUCUGAAGAGAAACCUUUCCGGGUCUCUGGAUGGUGACGACUUUCAACCAUUGGAACAGGAUGAAAAUAAGGAGAACGAAUCCUUCGAGUUUAAGAAGCCAACCAAACCAGCUUCUCGUUCCGUGCACGCCCAUUCCCAUGACGGAAAAGGUGUUCCUGGACCAAGGCAGAAUUCAUCUGCAGCUCAGACAUUUCCCGUGGGUGAGCAGGAAAACUACAGGCCGGUUUUCCAGCAGCAGUCUUCUCUGACUUCCUCUGAAAGCGAAGAUGAUGAUGGAUUCCUAGAGCUGCUGGAUGAGCAAGAUCUGAAGAACGACGAGGAGAUGCCGCCUGAUGUGGCGAGCCUCUGGACUGCACCGCUGGUCAUGAGGAAAGCCGACAAUCGGGCCAAACGAUGUCGGUUGUUUGGCUCUUCAUCUCUGCCUGGUGGCGUAGGAAGAACCACCCAGAAAAGGAUGGAGAGAUCCCAGGAAGAGAAUUCUCCAGGGAAAAGCAAGAAGAGGAAGAGCCUGCCUGGAACACCUUCUGAGGAUUCAACGAGCAUGAAAAUGGUGAAGACACAAUCCUCCACGGCGGAGAUCGAAAGCAUUUUGGAUAGUGACCAGAGCGACCUUAUUGGUGACUUCUCAAAGGGUUACUUGUUCCACACUGUCGACGGGAAACAUCAAGACUUAAAAUAUAUUGACUCAGAAAUGAUUGUGUCUGUGCUGACUGGGAAGUUUGCAAGCUUCAUCAAGGAAUGUGUGAUAAUUGACUGUAGAUACCCGUACGAGUACGAAGGAGGACACAUCAAGGGUGCUGUAAACCUACACAUGGAAGAGGAUGUGGAAGACUACUUGCUGAAGAAGCCAAUCCAGCCAGCGGAGAACAAACGAGUGAUAGUAGUGUUCCACUGCGAGUUUUCUUCAGAGCGGGGUCCUCGAAUGUGCCGGUUUGUGCGGGAGCGGGACAGGCUGGGGAACGAGUACCCCAACCUGCACUACCCGGAGCUGUACGUCCUGAAGGGGGGUUACAAGGACUUCUUCUCGCGAUGCCGCAGCUUCUGCGAGCCCCAGAGCUACCGCCCCAUGCACCACAAAGACUUCAAAGAAGAUUUGAAAAGAUUCCGCACCAAAAGCCGGACCUGGGCCGGUGAGAAGAGCAAGAGGGAACUGUACAGUCGCCUGAAGAAACUCUGA